AUGGCGAAAGAGAUUUUGGGAAACCAUUACAAUGCCACAGAGACAAAAACAGAUAAGAAUACCUCGUCACUUAGUAUUGUAACCCCCGAAGAUAUUAAUCCAUUUUUAAACGAUAUAAGCAUACCUGAGGACGAUACAGACUAUAAUGAAAAUGGCGAUUUUGAAUUGGCCCUAAAGAAUACGUAUGUACAUUCGUUGGCAAAUACUUAUUUGACUUUACAAGCCAAGCAUUUUUUAACAGAUAGUGCAUUGCAAACAUUAAUUGAUGGGAUAUCGGAUAUUUACGACAUUAGCCAAAAAAAUGUAUGCAGCUUCCUUAAAGCUAAAAAAAUAUCUCCGGAUGUUAUUAAGGUCGUAAAAAACCAAAAUUUAUUUGAUCACGCACACAAUUCUGCAAAUGGUGUAUUAAGGUCUCCUUACAUAAGAAAAAAAUUUUACAAAAAGGAGUUUAAUUACGUAGAACCUGUUGAAGUAUUACUAGAGAAGAGUGGCAAAAAAAAGGUGUUUUUUAUGUAUAUCCCAAUAUUAGAAACCAUAAAAGUCUUAAUGGCAAACACUAAUUUUUAUGAUCAAUGGAAAACCAUAAGAACUUGUCAGAAAAACGUAUAUACGGACUUUUUUGAUGGCGAAUGUUACCGCAAUAGUACAUUUUUUAAGGAUAAUCCGUCAGCUUUUCAGAUCAUACUUUAUCAAGACGCAUUUGAGAUAUGUAAUCCAUUGGGUUCGUCCAGGAAAAUUCACAAGAUUGUUGGAAUAUACAUGACGAUUGCAAAUGUACCUUCCUACAACAGAAGCAAAACUGACCAUAUUCAGUUAGUUGCGCUGUGUUACGAAAGUUCAAUUAAAAAGUUUGGUUUUGAUAAAGUUAUGGAUAUUAUUAUUCGAGAUAUUAACAUUUUGGAAUUAGAAGGAAUUUUAAUAAAAGAUGAGAUCAUAAAGGGUACAGUGGUUGCAGUUUGCGGUGACAACUUAGGAAGUCAUCAAAUUGGUGGUUUCGUGGAAAAUUUUAGUACGAGUAGUCAUAUGUGCCGAUACUGCGAAAUUAGUAAAAAACUAAUGUCGGUUCAAAAUAGUUACACCGACCCCAUUUCAUUAAGAACUCAACACUCAUAUGAAAUAGAUGUGGCUAUUGCAGCGACAUCAGGCGAGCCGUCAAAAGGUGUUAAAUUCGAUUCUGUUUUAAAUAAGUGUAUGUUUUUCCAUGUUUGUAACCCCGGUUUGCCUCCAUGUUUGGCUCAUGAUGUUUAUGAAGGAGUGUUGCAAUGUGACUUUAUGCUUUGCUUGAAUAAUCUUAUUGCAAAAAAGUAUUUUACCUACGAUUAUUUUAACGACAAAAUACAAAAAAUAAGGUUUAUCUCUGAAUCAAAGUAUGAAAAUAUACCUACAAUUAAAAAGUCUGAAAAAUUACCCGGUAAUGCAUCAGAAAAUUGUAGGAUACUUCAAAUAUUUCCCUUUGCUUUACAUGAACUCUCUUUCGAGGACGAACCCGCGUGGGAAAUGUUGUUAAAAUUGCGCGAAAUUAAUUUACUAUUAAUGGCGCCAAAACUGUCGGUGAUUCAUAUAGCACAUUUGCGCUUAAUGAUUUACGAUUAUAUAGAAUUGAGAACCACACUGUUUUCAAAUACACCUUUAAGACCAAAACAUCAUUACUUAAAACACUACCCGUUUCUAAUAAAAAAAUUUGGGCCAUUGAAACAUUUGUGGACUCUCAGAUUUGAAAGCAAACACCUUUAUUUUAAAAAUGUCUUGAAGCAUUCUCCAAAUUUCAAAAAUGUGCUUCAUACUCUAUCCGAAAGGCAUCAAUUAUUGCAAAGUCAAAUUAUGACGCACGGAUAUGGAACCGUUUUUACUAACAAAGCGACUUCUGACGAUGCUGUUCCAUAUGUCUCUGAAGAUUUUGAGCUUGUGGUAGCAGCAUGCAUAUCUAAUUCAUCACCAUUACCACUAAACCAAAAACUUUUAGUAUCGCAAAGAGUGACAUUUCGAGGUAUAACUUUUAGCAAAAAUAUGUAUGUAUGUAUAGCUAAAACAGAAGACGAUGACUUUGUAUUAUGUCGUAUUAAACAUAUAAUAGUCAAUGAGUUCUAUACUAACUUACUGUUUGUUGGAAAUGAAGUUAAAAUCACUCGGAACAAGGCUUUAGGUCUGUUCGAAGAAACUGAAAAAGUAAAUAAUAAUGUUAUUACUGGGUGUAAUUUUGGUGACCUGUUAUCACAUGAACCGUUAUUUGUGUAUUUAAGUUCCAGUAAUAAGUUAUUAUUUUCGUUUAAAUCGGCACCAUUCGAAUAUUCAGAUUAA